AUUUUCUGCUCGGCUUUGAGCCAAAAAGCAAGGUUUUAAUGUUUCACGCGUAUCUCAAUCACUUCCUGUUCUUGAACGCACCGCCACGACUCAGUCAGUGACACUCGAGUCUUCACUGAGUAUCCGCGAGUCAGUAACAAUCACAUCUUUGUUAGCCUGUGACCCAGCUGACAAAGCCGUGAAUCAGUGACACUUGAGUCGUUGUCAAGCACCCAAGAGUCAGUAUCACAGGUGUUUUCAUGUACUCAUGAGUCUCUCCAAACCUCUGGCAUGAGUGAAGGAUGAGGAAAGGAGAGUUAUUUGAGCCAGGUGUGUUGCUUUUUCAGAGACAAGUACCCGUGAUUCCAGAAUCUGAAAAAAAAAAAAUCAACGAUUCGUUCAUGACUCGCCCAUCCGUACAGUACAUGACGCUUUAAAGAAAUAUGCAUAAGUUAACGAGUAACGAGUACAUUGUACGCAUAGAGGGAUGUGAAUGAUAGAAAUGAGCCCCCAAUAGCAGACAGGAAAGCAUCCGGGUCCCUUGCAGAAGGCCGUCUACGUGACGGACCGGAAGUGCUGUCAGCCAACCAGGAACCACAAUCAUUAGCGUGUCAUCGAUCACCACGACUGUCGCCUACUUUGAAAUCCACUCCAACUGCAGGAAAAGUCACCCAUUUGAGCUCCAUGGGGGGCUCUCCAAGCAUCCAGGUACCAGGCGGAGGAACUGAAGGCUACCAUGUUCUAAAAGUGCAGCAGAAUUCCCCCGGUUUUUGUGCAGGACUGGAACCGUUCUUUGAUUUCAUCAUCUCCGUAUGUGACACCAGGCUGAACAGGGACGGCGACGCCCUAACUGAGCUGCUGACCAGGAACGCAGACAGACCCGUCAAGGUGAUGCUGUACAGCAUCAGGACCCAGGCCGUGAGGGAGGCGGCGGUCACGCCCAGCAGCGUGUGGGGGGGCAGGGGGCUGCUCGGAAUCAGCAUCCGCUUCUCCAGCUUCCAAGGAGCCAGAGAAAAUGUCUGGCACGUCUUGGAGGUGGAGCCAAACUCCCCCGCAGCUCUGGCGGGUCUACAGGCCAACGUUGACUACAUCAUCGGUGCAGACACUUACCUGGACAAGAGGGAGGAUCUGUCCGUCCUCAUCGAGUCCCACGAGGGAAGGCAGCUGAAGCUUCACGUCUACAACACCCACACGGGCGACUGCCGCGAGGUGCUCAUCACACCAAACAGCCGCUGGGGGGGAGCGGGCAGUUUAGGCUGCGGGAUCGGCUACGGCUACCUCCACAGGGUGCCCACCGCCACCAAGCACCGCUGUACUCCAGCCGGGGACGAGGCCCUCACUGCUGUUCUUGCAACUCUUCCAGUCACAGCGUCCACUCAACAGGCCGAGGCUUCCUGCUCAGACUCGUCUUCUGACCUCACCAGCGUUGGGAUUGGUGCGCCCCCCACCGCCAGCACCCCGAUUUCCCCUGGAAACCACCAUGCAGUUCAUGCCGACCCCCCCACCCCCCCACAAUGUGAUCAGAAAUCUCAAGUCCAUCCUGCUGCAACGCCAGGUCUAACCCCCCCACAGCAUCCCACCCCCAUCUGUGAAUCUGCUCUGCCUCCGUACCUCCAUUUUCCUUCCACGCACGCUGCUGCCGCCGCCGCCAUGGAUCCCUCUUGUUUCACUGACCAGCAGCGACUCAGUCUUGGUGUCUAUCAGGGUGACUAAGGGACUUACAAAAUGCAGAGAACUUUUUUUGGGGGGGGGGGGUGUUUGGUUACUUGACGGGAUCUUUUAAGUAAAACGGCUUUACUUGCUAAAAACGUGUUAAAUGGAGGUUGUUCAUGUUGUAAAAAGAUAUUGUCACCUUGAUUAAACAUUUUAUGUCAUCUUGUUUUGUACUUACUGUACAUAAAUACAGGAAGUGGUUUAGUACAAGUCAUCAUUUAUACCCAAAUGCACUCACAGCACACCAAGGGCUCAUAACCUCAGUUUUCAUCAUCGACUAAACCCAAAACUUACGAAAAAAAUCAUU